AUGAUUGCCUUUUCAAGCAACACCGCAAACAUGUGGAUGUUCUACCGCUUCUUCUUCCAAAAACUCGACCCUCUCAUCAUGCUCUGGAGCGGCCACGUCAACCUCCGCAACGGCUCCUUCUCCUCCUCCCUCUUCUUUAGCAGUUCGUCAACACGAUACCGCGAUGCCUUUGUCCUCGAGCAGAUGUUUGCCCUGAUGGCUACCGUAGCGGCCAUGACGACGAUGCUGCUGCAUUACACUGACGACAUCAAGGUGUGGCGCAUGAUUCAGGUGGUGCUCUUGAUCUGGAAUUUCAUGUGCAUGAACGAUACGACUCAUGCGGUGCGCUUGGCGGGGGCGUUUGAACGGGUUUCGAAGGGGGUUGAUUGUAUUUACUGUGUUGAGGUGUGCACGAUUGUGAUUAUUGCACGGCUUUGCUUUCUGAUGGGUGUUGGGAUUUGGAGGCCGCGGAUUAGGAAUGGGGUGCUUUAUCAGAGGUAG